AUGUCGGCCAAUUCCAACAUUGCUUUGACCAUCACGGAGACCGACGAGGUCGACACGCCCCUCGCGACGUACCUCUACUCAGAAACGGCCAUAGCAACAGGUCAAGACAAGCCAUCUGGUGGGGGAGAGACCGUGUUGAAAGGCCGGGUUGAUGUCGUGCCGCCGCAAUUGGCAGCUCCAUCAGUUACAACAGCACCGAUUCCGCCCUCCUCGCCAACAUCUACAAUAACCUCGAUCUUCACCUCUCUAGUCAAUGUCUUUCUGCCUGCUGGGUACCCGCACAGUGUCAGCAAGGACUACUUGGAGUAUCAGAUAUAUGACUCCAUCCAAGCCUUUUCAAGCUCCAUCGCCGGACUUCUGUCCUCAAGGGCAGUAUUACAAGUUGCUAAAUUCCAACUCGUACCAGGCGUUGGAGUCGGCGAUGCCGCUGCCUCACCAACCUCUGCACUCCUCUUACACAUCCUACAAGACUCAUCAGGCCGGAUCGCAACAAUCCUUUUCGCACAUCGACUCGGUACAGCUCUCGAACCUGAGUGCAAGAUGUACCGGCUCGCGGCAGACGUCUUCAACGACGUCGCCAUGGUGCUGGACUGCCUGUCUCCGCUUGUCGGACCCCGUGUGGCACGAGUUGCCAUUCUUAGUGGUGCAGGAGUUCUGCGCGCGCUCUGCGGAGUGGCUGGCGGUAGUUCAAAAGCAAGUCUCAGUGCACAUUUUGCGAAAUGGGGCAAUAUUGGGGAGCUAAAUGCUAAAGACUCUUCACAAGAGACUAUUAUAUCCCUUCUGGGCAUGCUGGCCGGUUCCGUUGUCGUAUCUCAUGUCACCAGUCUUCCUGCAACGUGGACCGCAUUGAUUUUUCUCAUAUUCCUGCACCUGGGCACCAACUACCGAGCCGUUCGCGCCGUGCAGAUGACCAGCCUAAACCGCCAGCGCGCAAAUAUUGUCUUCUCAACGUUAUUGAGCUCCGAUCCAGGGUUGGACCUGGUAGAACGACAGUUCAGACCCGACGGGAGUGGGGGGAAAGACGGAGACAGCACGAUCGCCACGUCAGCAUCGAGAAGCCCACUCAGAGUCUUGCGGCCCGAUGAGGUCGCCGGUCUGGAGAGAAUCUUCGAAAAAGACGGUGUGCUCCGGUGGAUUUCUUCUUCCUCCGAGACUCCGCAGCAGUCGCGGUGGUCCACAUCAGAGAAGCUGGGGUAUUGCCGAAUCGGUGUAUCUCUGAGGGAUCUUCUAUCUCUCCUGAAGGAGCCUUUGUCGUCGUCGUCGUCUUCCGAUUCAUCCGUGCACCUUCUCCGGCGCCUAACCGAGCUUUUCGCCUCCGAGUCCUAUCUCCUCUUCUCCUCUUCCUCUUCUUCUCCAGCAAGGACAACCCCCCUUCAGGCCGCCAUCGUACUCAAGCAGGGCUGCACACCAGUCCUGCAACUCAAAGCCUGGGCUCACGCUCUGUUAGUUGCUCGAGUCCUGUCGUCAUCUUCAUCUUCAUCCUCUCCGCACCAUAGCAGCAGCAGCAGCAGUAUCCAGCAGCAACAGCAACAAAUCCUAAACGUGAUCGCGCGCACUCUUUCAUUCCUAAACGAAAACUCACGUUUCGAGAACUACACACAUGCCUUGACCGAGGCAGGGUGGGAUUUGGACAUUGCCGCUCUGGAAACGAGGCCAGGGCGGAGAAUCCAAAUUAACUCGGGAAAUAUGUACUAUAGUAUAUGGACCUGGAGAGAAUGUUUUUCUUUUUUUUUAAAAACUUCCCUCCUGGUCAAGAGAGGUAGAGACAAAGCCCUCGAAGCAUUCAUUAUUAUGGCCAACCAACCAAGCAGAGAGAAGAUCAUGACACAUGCAGUGUGGUACAGUGCAGAAAACAAACCCAAAAAAAACAUGCCCACAGCCGUCUAUGCAAAUGACAAAAAACGCCCUGAUCCCGAGGAUGCCACAAUGUUGGAAACAGAUUGGAAACAAAUUCAUGUUGCACACUCAAACACGAACGCCUCCAGAGACCGCAAAUAUGCCCAUAUCCGAUCCGUGACGAAGGUGAUCUCAUUCAAUCAUGCCAGAAGAUCUGAAGAACCAUGA